ACUUCAGUUUGAAAUAAUUGCUUCCUUUGUUACAACACAAAGAAUAAUUUCUUUAUUCAAUCAUGUUCUUCAUAGGUUUUCUGCUUUUGUUUGUUGCAGUAGAUGCAACAAAUGAGGCUACACCGUUAGAAGCGCAACAUGCAUCUCCAAAUCAGCCCCAAAUUAUCUCAAAGGCAAACAUUCCAAUAAAUCCAGCAGUUAUUGAAACAUUCCAAAACUGCUCAGGACGUUGGGAUUCUUACUGCUAUGACUGUCGUACAAUUGUUAUUUGUGCAGGUGAAGAGCAACCAAUUUUCCAAGGUACAUGCCCAUCUUCAGAGCCAUAUUGUGACUAUGUUGGUCAUAGUUCCACUCAAAGGUGUGUGGCCAGUAUGCAGGAUACAUACAUGGAACAAAUGUGCAACAAUCAACCAGACAUGAUAACACAAAGAUGCACCGGUUAUGGAUACUAUCCAGAUGUCAAUGAUGCAAGGAAGUAUUACUACUGUCAAGGCCCAGGAACAUCUUAUCCAGAUGUGUACACAUGUCCUGAAGACACAGUGUUUGAUACAAAACUUCACAACUGCAAACGUAUCAUUCCAUUUCAUUGUAAUGGGAAACAAAAUGAAUUUGUAUUACAUGCAACAAAUCCAGCUUAUUACGCUUAUUGCCGAGUAAACGGAGCUUCUUCGGAGAUUAUUCCCUACAAAUGUCGAGAUGAUCAGAACUUUGCCUACAAUCUUAGGACGAAUGCAUGUGAGUACCAAUGCAAAGAAGAGGGUCAUUUUGUUGAUAGAGAAAGUUGCCAACACUACUACGAAUGCUACAGAACUGGAAAUUCUCUUUCGUAUCGACGUGUAAGAUGUGCCAUGAUGGGCAUGGAAUAUUUUUCAAAAGAACAAGGAAGGUGUGUAGCGGAUAAUGGAUAUUCAUGUUACCCAGAAGUUGGAUAUAUGUAAAGAAUGUCAAGAUUACAUAGGAUGGUUAAAUAAAGUCAAAUGAUUACCCUU